CUUGAGCGGAUGCGGGUUGCCCUUCUGCCGCUGUACUGAGAGAAUCAGUCUGGAUGGCGGACUACGGCACCCAGCAGGGGAGAGAAUAUGCACGACCUCCAGGGAAUUAUGGUGGCCAGACGCCAGGUCCCGCCAGGGACAGAGUAUUCAAUGAUAUAUUCGGUCCUCCACCGCCAGGCCGGUCCCAGACCAUGACUUCCCAGCCGCCUAUGCGGCCUGUCGACCGGGCCCAGACCAUGUCCAGCGACAUGAUGGGAAGAGCGCCGCCCAUGAGACAGCCCAUGAACGGUAACCCUCCACGGCAACAACCGCCAAACGGCUACGACCAGCGGCCCCAGUAUGGGUAUGCCAAUCCCUCUGGUCAAUACAAUCAGCCGCCCCCAGAUCACGAAAGCCGAACCUCCAUGAAUGGCUAUGGGCCCCCACCACAGCGACACUCGGAUGGUGCCGGAAUUCCCGCACAACAGCGCCAGCCCCAGCCGCAAUAUCUCCCACAGCCUUUACGUCCAGAGCGUCAGCCCUAUGGACAGCCUCAGCGACUAGACUCGCGCAUGGCACCUCCGGGAGCGCCGCCAUUCAACAAGCCAGUUCCUAACCGAUACCCAAGUGGUGGCAUACCACCCCCUUCUGCCCCUGCUUUGAACUCUGAUCAGUAUCGAUCGCAAUCCAUGGCCGUGGGAUCUCGUCCUCAAUUUCACGCUCCCAGUGGGAGAGGCUACGAAAGCCCGGUGGCUCAGGCUUUUCGACAGCAACCGUAUAUGAACCAUCUUGCAAGGACAACCGCACAGGGGCGAGUUGUGCCUGAGCGCCCUGACGAACGGACGAUGUCCAUGUCCUCAUAUGCUAGAGACAGCGAGUACGCGCAAACGAUGAGCGGGCGUAUAAUACCGAACCGGCGUAGAGAAUCAGGAGGACAAGAUGGCUCCGCGGUAGAUAAAGUUCCAGCUGGUUCUCCGCCUCCAAUCAAUGUUGGGCCUGGAAGCAAGACUAGGAGUACGAGCCAAGGCAGUUUUCCCGGCCGAACCAUGUCCAUGGCCUCUACCAUUGUGCCUUCACCUUCUGAACGAAGUGACUCCAUGACCUUGAGGUCAAACCCCUCGAGUGCUUCUAGAACACCGACUACAGCAAUGCAGCAGCAAGCUAUGAUGGUCGCGCAGCGCCGAGCCCCCUUGGUGUAUCCUGCGCUAUUGUCUCGCGUCGCUGAAAUAUUCAGAGACCGCAUCGGCCUCUAUGAAAAGGAGAAGGACGGCCUGGUUUACAAGAGUGCUUUCACGGGAGCAGAAGCCGUAGACCUCAUAUCGUUCAUCAUCAAGACCACGGAUCGUAAUCUGGCGCUACUCUUAGGCAGGUCCUUGGACGCGCAAAAGUUCUUCCAUGAUGUCACAUAUGCCCACAGACUACGAGAUUCCAACAACGAGGUAUACCAGUUCCGGGAAACUCUGCUCGAAGAUACCACGGAGGUCAACGGCGUGUUUACUCUUCUCACCGAAUGUUAUUCGCCAACUUGCACAAGCCACCGACUUUGCUACUCCAUCGCCUGCCCUCGUCGACUGGAACAGCAGGCUAGACUAAACAUGAAACCACAGCUAGGUCUGAAACGGGAAGAAUCACGUACGAGCUUGCACGAUGACAAAGAUGAUGAGCAAAAGCUUUGGAUCAACACCGUAUCGAAAGAAGUCGCAGACAGCGUCAACGACAAAGAGAAGAAGCGCCAGGAGGUCAUUUCCGAGCUGAUGUACACCGAGCGGGACUUCGUCAAGGAUCUAGAGUACCUUCGUGACUUCUGGAUGAAGCCGCUUCGCCAAGCCGUUGGAUCGCCGAUUCCGGAACACCGACGAGAAAAGUUUGUCCGGACUGUAUUUUCCAACUGUCAAGAAGUCUACAUGGUCAAUUCGAGGCUCGCGGAAUCUCUAACGCGACGCCAACAGCAGAACCCUGUAGUCCGCAAUGUCGGAGAUAUUUUCCUGGAAUACGUGCCUCACUUUAGUCCUUUCAUCAAGUACGGCGCGAACCAACUCUUCGGGAAAUACGAGUUUGAGCAUGAGAAGCGAACGAACGUAAAUUUCUCUAAAUUCGUAGAUCAGGUUGAGAGGAUGAGGGAGUCGAGAAAGCUAGAACUCAACGGAUACCUCACUAAGCCAACCACGCGAUUAGCACGAUACCCUCUGCUGCUAGAGGCCAUAUUGAAGUGCACAGCAGAAGACAAUCCGGACAAGCAGGAUAUCCCAAAAGCCGUUGCCAUGAUCAAGGGCAUCCUUUCAAAGGUGAACGAGGAAUCCGGCAAAGCAGAGAACCACUUCAACCUUAUGCAACUCAACAGAGACCUCAAGUUCCGCCCAGGGGAGUAUGUGGACCUCAAGCUGACCGAGGAGAACCGCCAGCUUGUCUUCAAAGGCACCUUGAAGAAGAACCCAACGGACAACACUGGAGACAUCACCUGCUAUCUUUUCGAUCACGCAGUCCUCCUUGUCAGGGUGAAGUUGGUCAACAAGCGCGAAGAGCACAAGGUAUAUAAGAAGCCUAUUCCGCUCGAGCUGCUUGUCAUUACACAGAUGGAGGAGUUUAUGCCCAAAAUGGGCAUAACGAAGAGACCGUCGUCAAACUUAUUACCGGGCACAAAGUCAAUGACUUCGAACACCCCCAAGGGAGAUGCGGCAAAGGCACAGGGAUAUCCAAUCACCUUUAAGCAUCUGGGAAAGGGCGGAUAUGAAUUGACUCUAUUCUGCAGUACCCAGAUCUCACAGCAAAAGUGGAUGGAGCAUAUCGAGGCUCAACAGAAGAACCUCAAAGACCGAAGCAACAUCUUCACCAAGACCAUUUUGAACGAGGGUUUCUUCACUCCAGCGAUGCGGGUCACCUGUUGCGUUCCGAUUGAUGGUGGUCGUAAACUUGUCCUAGGAACUGAUUCUGGUGUCUACGUUUGUGAUCGCAAGCCAAAGGACUCCUCUUUCAAGCCAAAGCGGGUCUUGGACUGCAAAUCAGUUACUCAAGUUGACGUUCUCGAGCAGCAUUCAGUUUUGCUCGUACUAACAGAGAAGACCCUGUACUCCUACCCCAUGGAGGCACUAGAUCCAGAGGAGAGCCAAGCCUCUGUGGUCAAGCGGGGGAGAAAAAUUUGUCAUUGCAACUUCUUCAAAGCCGGAGUAUGCUUGGGCCAGCAGCUUGUUGCUUGCGUCAAAACCACCUCGCUGUCAACCACCAUCAAAGUAUUCGAGCCCAUGGAUAAUAUGGGCAAGAAGUCCAAGAAGUCUGGUUUGGCGAAGAUGCUGGCUGGCGGCCAAGAUGUCCUGAAGCCAUACAAGGAGUUCUACAUUCCUACAGAGUCUAGUUCGAUUCAUUUCCUACGCUCCAAGUUAUGCGUCGGCUGUGCUCGUGGCUUCGAAGUUGUUAGUCUCGAGACCCUGGAAACGCAGUCUCUGCUUGAUCAAGCCGACACGUCGCUUGACUUCGUCGCGCGCAAAGAGAAUAUUAAACCCAUUCACAUUGAGAGGCUUGCGAGCGAGUUCCUGCUCUGCUACACAGACUUCUCUCUGUUCGUCAAUAGAAAUGGAUGGCGAGCGAGGCCUGACUGGAAGAUUGUAUGGGAAGGUAAUCCGCAGGCCUUCGCAAUCUUCAAUCCAUAUAUCUUGGCCUUUGAGCCAAGCUUUAUUGAGAUUCGGCACAUGGAAAGUGGCGUACUGGUGCAUAUUCUGACGGCCAAGAAUAUCCGGAUGCUGCACUCUUCCACGAGAGAGAUACUAUACGCGUAUGAGGACGAAAUUGGAAACGACGUUAUCGCGAGUUUGGAUUUCUGGCAGAGCCCUCAUCAGAAUCCGCCAGUCCAUAAACAACAGGGGUCGAUCGAAAACACACGAAUAGGCUAAGGCCACUAGCGUUUCUACGUUCUGACAUCCUAGUGCCGAGGUAUCCCUACCGUGGCUUGCUUCCAACUAGCUCAGGUGCCGCUAUUCAUUUCCGUCUUCUCGCUUCGUAUCAAUCGGUGUUUUUCGACGGAAUUUCGACAGAGCAUGUGCACGCUUCUAGUCUUGCCUUCUUGCCUUUCUAUCUACUUAAUCUUCUCAUUCUUCGC